CUCUUGCCCGGUACGAGGGUCUAGUGGUUACUGCCACAUAUUUAGCCCGACAACAACCAGAUAUUCCCAUCCUAACCCUCUCGCAUUAUCAUUCACUUACCACAUACAUAUCGAGUCUGCCAUCGUGCGACUGACCUUUGCGCUACAUACAUUCGCUAGCCUUACCAAACAUUCGUACUAUCGCUAUUCACCGCUCCUAUGCGUCCCAGCAAAAGUAAGACGGAGCCCAAGGGCUCGCCGCCAGCGCGUGGCCCAAUCGAACGAUUUGGGGAAACCAACGGACCCGCGGUGCUGUUACUGGUCGGUCGUGGAGGUGGCUCUCACCAGUUCCUUAUUUCGGAGUCAAGCCUUUGCACCCUCGGUCCUCGCUGGAAAGGCCUUCUUUCGAAUCGAUCGAUAACAAAGUCUAAGAGACUGUUCAGCAAAUCUCCGAAGAUCAUCAACUUGCAGGGAGAACAUCCCAACGCCAUACGCGUAAUCCUGCAUAUCGCAACCCUGCAAUUCACCAAGGUUCCCACAACGCUUGACUUCCCUGAGAUCGUCCACCUGGCCGAAGCAGUUGCACGAUACGAUGCCCAUUCGCUACUCGUCAACUAUAUAGAUACUUGGCUUGCGCCUUAUCGCGAACGACUUCUUCACCCUGGCUACGAAGAGUGGCUGUUCAUCGCCCACCAGUUUGGAUAUGAGACGGAGUACUUGGAGCUUUCGAAGCAUCUCGCGAUCCAUUGCCGCGUUGACCCAACUGGCAAGCAGCUCCUGGCGCCUGAGACCCCUUUUGUUCUUGAAGGAAAAUUUCCAAUUGACACACUCGAGCAUAUAAAGGAAGGUCGAAAACAAAUACUUUGCACCAUGCUGAAGGUCACAUACGAUCUCUGGGCAUCACUGUCUCAGGGCUCCAACUGCAAAAUCGGCCGUGAGGACGAACCCAAUGUCCGAAGACGCUGCGCAGCCGUCAACUUGCUCGAACUCACCGACUACUUACGGGCCCUCGGGCUGUUCCCCAUGCUCAAAACAGUCGAGACUUUUCAGUGGUCGCCAUAUGACCUCUCGACAAUGCUAGCCGAUGCAAAGGCUCUGAUACCCAUCGCAGCGACCCUCUUAAUCAGCAGACGGGGAUCAGCGCCCGUCGAGUCACCACGACACGGUCAAUGUCACAUUGGGAGCCAGUUGGCGGCUAUCCCAGCAAGAAUCCUGAACGACGUAGCCUGGCCAGUUGGGAUUCCGACACUGUUGCACAUCAAGGACAACGGUGGUGAGUACCGGCUCGACUAUGCAUAUGCCAACCCAUGUGCAGACGUCGACGGUCUCGCAGUGCAGCCAAUGGAGUUUGUUUGAUGAAACCUGCUAACCACCGUGACAGAGAAAAUGAACAAGCAGUCGCAACGGAGGGAUGAACCCAGUGACUUCCUGAGCAGAGAGAGCUUGCUGGAACGGAAGUUCAAGAUGGUUCAGGAGGUUGAAACGGCGCUUGACACGAACCCGAACGUUUUCAAUGUGCGAUGAGGGCUGUGUAGCGUUUCUAUCUCGGAGGUUGUCAGUCUUGAGUUUUCGUGUCUCCACACAUGUUCUUGCGCACGUGAUUACUCAAGGCUAAUCUGUACAGAAGGAUCUGCUUGGACUGUACUAUCAUUCUAAGGU